GGUAAUAAGCUGCACUUUCUCUGCGCGAGGAGAGAAGCAUCUCUCGUUCUCUCUCUCUCUCUCUCUACAGUCCCGGUGGUACCGUGUAAAGGCACACUCUAACUAACGGCAAUAGGCUACUGCUACAGCCCGAGGAUCUGCCCGAGUACAAAGGGAGUUGACUUACUUUGCAUUGACAGCAGAACUGAGUUCCGUUCCUACGUAGACUAAGGAGCCUAUGAGAUUCUUCUCAGGUUUCAGACUGCAAGCGCACCUGGAUAAACCCGAGAGCUUCUCCAGUCGAAAACAGAAGACAACGUGAGGCCAGCGUAGUUUGCUGCUGAAGGAAGCGUUAAGAAUAUGAUUCUCCAACGGCACUUGGUGUUCCUCCUGUAUAGCUUCUGUGGAAUCGCCUCGAAAGUGGGUGCAACCACUAAAACCAAAGUCAAAGGGUUGUCGGGCCAGUUCCCCCUGACCCAGAAUGUGACGGUGACAGAGGGGGGUACGGCCAACAUGACCUGCAGAGUUGAGUACAAUGACCAGACCUCCCUCCAGUGGUCAAACCCGGCACAGCAGACACUCUUCUUCGGGGACAAGAAAGCCUUGAGGGACAACCGGAUCGAGCUGGUUCGGGCAACGUGGGCGGAGCUUACCAUCAGCAUCAGUGACAUCAGCCUAUCAGACGAGGGCCAGUACACAUGCUCCCUGUUCACCAUGCCUGUCAAGACCACCAAGGCCUUCCUCACUGUACUGGGAGUCCCAGAGCGACCAGAGAUCACAGGGUUCACUAAGCCAGCCAUGGAGGGAGAUGAGAUCACUCUGAUCUGCACCACAUCUGGCAGCAAGCCUGCGGCACACAUCCGCUGGUUCAGAAACGACAAGGAAGUAACAGGCACUAAGGAGGUCAACGCCACAGGGAAGUCGUUCACAGUGAAGAGCACUCUGCAGCUGCAGGUGGAUCAGAGUGAUGACGGGGUGGCCUAUACCUGCAGUGUGGAGCACGUGUCUCUUUCUUCCAACCCUUACCAGGUCACAGAGGUCCUGGAGGUCCAUUACGCCCCCCAUGUGGAGAUUUCCCACUCCGUGAUCAUCCCUCAGGAAGGACAGUACUUUAAACUGGAGUGUGUCUCCAAAGGGAACCCACUACCAGAGCCAGUGUUGUGGUCUAAAGAUGGAGGGGAGCUGCCUGAUAUAGAGAGGAUGAUUGUAGAGGGCAGGGAACUCACCAUCACCGCCCUCAACAAGACAGACAACGGCACGUAUCGCUGUGAGGCCAGUAACUACCUGGGGACUAGUGGAGCUGAAUAUGUCCUGUUUGUAUACGCCAAAGACUUACCAGAGCCCACCACAGAUCCCAAUGCACCAGGACAGCAGGACCCUGACCAUGCAUUAAUUGGAGGUGUUGUGGCUGUGGUUGUGUUCAUCACCUUGUGUUUGAUCAUAGCUCUAGGGCGGUAUCUGGCUAGGCAUAAAGGGACGUACCUAACACACGAGGCUAAAGGAUCCGAGGAUGCCCCUGACGCAGACACAGCCAUCAUCAACGCAGAGGGGAACCACGCAGCAGAGGAGAAGAAAGAGUACUUCAUUUAGACCUGUUCUUUCCUUCCGUCUCUUUUCCUUUAUGUUUCCACCUCUGUUCUUUCUGUUUGAUUUGUUUCUUUCACCAGAGGCAGGGGCGGACUAGGACCAGAUAUCGGCCCGGGCAUUUCAAACGCAUCAGCCCAUUUGUUUCCUUGAGGCACCCACUAUUAAGCAAAUUUUUUUUUUUUUUAUUCUGGCCCACUGGCAUUUGCCAGAAUUGCCCUAUGUCCGGUCCAUCUCUGCCAGUCGACCAACACAGUCUGCAGUUGGCUCAGUGCUGCUGGGGCAGGAACCAGUUCUUUGUCCCCUCCACUCCUCUCCCGAAAGAGAAAGCUCAAGUUUGGUUUUACUGGUCGGUUUUUAACAAGCAAAUCGAUAAAAAUGCUGCCUUGUUUUUACUGCAAAUGUACUCAGUGUUUUAAAAAGAGCCGAUCCUGUUUCAUUCAGGUUUUAGCACCCAAAUCUUUGUUUGUUGUCAUGUUUUAUUUGACAUUUCCUAAAUAUACAGACCGUUUUCAAUCUGCUUCUGACAUGUUUGUUUCAACUCUUAGUUGUUGUUUUUUUGGGGGGGGGGGGGGUGCGGGGAUUUUGUGUCCCCUACUCCCCUCACCAUCCCUGUUAUAUACCUUUUGCAGAUAUUUCCAUCAGGAAGCGGAAAGAAAUGUGCUUCAUCUGACUCCGGAAAACAUUGGCUAUGCCGAUAAUUAUGCUUUUCAGAGAAGAAUAUGUGAACUGUAUCAAUGUGAACGACAUGUGAUGGGGCUUUAUUGCAACUGUAAAAAUGGUAUUGGGUAUGAGAGGCACACAAUUAGGCUCUCAUGUUGUGGAAAACGAUGGAAGUACAAUAAACUGAAUAGUUCUGACACACAAAAAAAAAAAAAUGAAAAAUUGAAAAAAAGUUUAAUAAAAAAUUAAAAAAUGAAGCACAAUCCGUAUGAUUGUUUAUGUUUGAAUGUGGAUAUUAUAUGAUAUCCUCUUUUAGCUUUAUUUGUAUAUUAGUAUAGGCCAUAGUCUCAUCUCAUAUAGAAAGAAACCACAGAGAGAAACAAAAGUAUAAUUAAAGCACAAAGUCUCAGACAAACAGAGAAAUACUUCUGCACCAAGCAAUUCAUUAUCUCAGGAUUCAAUACGAGUCUAAAUUCACUGAUGUUUUCAGACCAAUGAUUGGAGAUUCGGGGUACCAGGAUUCAAUAUGGCUGCGGGUUGUCAAGGGCCGUUCGACCCGAAAAUCUUAUUCACAGUAAACACUGCAGAUGUCGGGCUCAAUGGGGAAUCAAGGCAGAGCUACAGCGUUGUUUGUCAGACCAGGAGACAUUCCCCCAAAAAAUGGGUUUCUUCUCGCAAAAAAAAAACGUCUUUAGCGUCCGAACGGUUGGGCCUGCUAACUCCGUUCUGCUCGUCUGAAAAGGUAACCCAUACAACUGAAUGCUAGUAUGGAGGUAGUUAUGUGCCAACAAAUAUAAGGAGAUAAAUA